CCCCGCCCUCCUCCCCGGGCGGGGAGGAGGAGGGCGACAAGAUGGCGGCGGCGAUGGCGGCGGCGGAGCCGGCGGCGGCGGAGGAGGAGGCGGAGGCGCUGGGGCUCUUCACCGGCAUCGGCCUGAGCGAGGCCAAGGCCCGCGAGACGCUGCGCAACGCCGCGCUCAGCGCCCAGCUCCGCCGAGCCGUGCUGCAGGCCCGCGGCGCGCUGGGCUCCGGCCUGGAUAAAGCCACCGGGGCUCUGCUCUACAACGCGGCCGCCCGGCUCCGCGACCCCGGCCGCCUGGCCUUCCUCGUGGCCUACAUCGGCCGCGGCGACAUCCGCAGCGACCUGCAGCUCGGCGCCGCCCUGCAGUACCUGCGCAGCCACCCGCUUGACCCCCUGGAUGCAGCCGACUUCGAGCGGGCGUGCGGCGUGGGCGUGCGGGUCAGCCCCGAGCAGAUCGAGGAGGCGGUGGAGGCCGUGAUCAGCCGGCACCGGGAGGAGCUGCUGGCCGAGCGCUACCGCUUCAACAUGGGGCUGCUGAUGGGGGAGGCACGCAGCCGGUUGCAGUGGGCGGACGGGAAGAGCAUCAAGAAUGAGGUGGAUCUGCAGGUGCUGCAUUUGCUGGGACCAAAGACAGAAGCAGACCUGGAAAAGAAACCAAAGGCUACAAAGGCCCGUCCAGUCCAGGAAGAGAAGCAGAAGACGCCUGUGGUGGAGAACGGUGAGGUGGGCACGGAGACAAAAUCGCUGCUGGAGCAGCUGCGGGGAGAAGCCCUCAAGUUCCACAAGCCGGGGGAGAACUACAAGACGGAGGGCUACGUGGUGACGCCCAACACCAUGGCGCUGCUCAAGCAGCACCUGGCGGUCACGGGCGGGCAGGUGCGGACGCGGUUCCCUCCUGAGCCCAACGGGAUCCUGCACAUCGGGCACGCCAAGGCCAUCAACUUCAACUUCGGCUACGCCAAGGCCAACGGGGGCGUGUGCUUCCUGCGCUACGACGACACCAACCCCGAGAAGGAGGAGGAGAAGUACUUCACGGCCAUCCGGGAGAUGGUGGAGUGGCUCGGCUACCAGCCCUACGCGGUGACCCACGCCUCGGACUACUUCGACCAGCUGUACACCUGGGCCCUGGAGCUCAUCCGCAGGGGCCAGGCCUACGUCUGCCACCAGAAGGUCGAGGAGAUCAAGGGCCACAACCCGCCGCCCUCGCCGUGGCGGGACCGGCCCGUGGAGGAAUCGCUCCUGCUCUUCGAGGACAUGCGAAAGGGCAAGUUUGGGGAGGGGGAGGCCACGCUGCGGAUGAAACUGGUGAUGGAGGACGGGAAGAUGGACCCCGUCGCCUACCGCGUCAAGUUCACUCCGCACCACCGCACCGGGGACAAAUGGUGCAUCUACCCCACGUACGACUACACGCACUGCCUGUGUGACUCCAUCGAGCACAUCACGCACUCCCUCUGCACCAAGGAGUUCCAGGCCAGGCGCUCCUCCUACUUCUGGCUGUGCAACGCGCUGGAUGUCUACUGCCCCGUGCAGUGGGAGUACGGGCGCCUGAACCUGCUCUACACCGUCGUCUCCAAGAGGAAAAUCAUCCGUCUGGUGGAGACGGGUGCUGUGAGGGACUGGGACGACCCGCGGCUCUUCACCCUGACAGCCCUGCGCCGGCGAGGCUUCCCCCCCGAGGCCAUCAACAACUUCUGCGCCCGGGUUGGUGUGACCGUGGCCCAGGCAACGAUGGAGCCACACCUGCUGGAGGCAUGCGUGCGGGAGGUGCUGAACGAGCAGGCCCCCCGCGCCAUGGCCGUGCUGGAGCCUCUCAAGGUCACCAUCACCAACUUCCCCGCUCCUGAGACAAUCGACGUCCUUGUGCCCAACUUCCCCGCCGAUGAGAGCCGGGGCUUCCACAAAGUGCCCUUCCAGCCCACCGUCUACAUCGAGGAGACCGACUUCAGGGAGGAGCUGGACAAGGGCUACAAGCGGCUGGCCCCGGGGCAGCCCGUGGGACUGCGCCACGCUGGCUACGUCAUUGCCGUCCAGAACGUCAUCAAGAACGCCAGCGGGCGCGUGAUCGAGCUGGAGGUGACCUGCACAAAGUCAGACGCGGCCGAGAAGCCCAAAGCCUUCAUCCAUUGGGUGUCGGAGCCGCUGACGUGCGAAGUGCGGCUCUACGAGCGGCUGUUUUUGCACAAAAAUCCCGAGGACCCAGCGGAGGUUCCCGGGGGCUUUCUGAGCGAUCUCAAUCCUGACUCCCUGCGCGUGGUGGACAACGCCCUGGUGGACAGAUCCGUCCUCGCUGCCCGGCCCUUUGCCAAAUUCCAGUUUGAGCGGCUGGGCUACUUCUCCGUGGACCCCGACAGCACCGAGGGGAAGCUGGUGUUCAACCGCACGGUGACGCUGAAGGAAGACCCCGGCAAAGCCUGAGCGGAGCCCCCCCC